AUGUCUCCACCCUUGCCACCUCUCAACACGCCGUCUCUGUCAAUGUCUCCACCCCUGCCACCUCUCAACACGCCGUCUCUGUCAAUGUUUCCAUCCCUGCCACCUUUCAACACGCCGCCUCUGUCUAUGUCUCCACCCCUGCCACCUCUCAACACGCCGCCUCUGUCAAUGUUUCCUUCCCUGCCAACUCUCAACACGCCGCCUCUGUCAAUGUCUCCACCCCUGCCACCUCUCAACACGCCACCUCUGUCAAUGUUUCCUUCCCUGCCACCUCUCAACACGCCGCCUCUGUCAAUGUUUCCUUCCCUGCCACCUCUCAACACGCCGCCUCUGUCAAUGUCUCCACCCCUGCCACCUCUCAACACGCCGCCUCUGUCAACGUUUGAAGUUUGCUCUCCCCGCUAA